AUGGCUUCAGAAUCCGUUACCCCAUCAGGUUCUAUGGACAAUGAAAAAUUGAUGGCCAAGUUUGAUGCCUUAGUCGCGAGAGGCAUAGUUUUCUACAGCCCACCAGCAAUCAACAGAAUGAAAGAUAAAGACUUCCAAUUCGAAUUUCGGACCAGUCAAACACUGCAAGCAAAGCCUCAGCUUGGCCAGCCUUUGCCAGUCGCCAAUGGUAAAAAGACCUUUGGACCAGGCAGUGAUAUGGCCCUAGUUCACCCGGAUUUAGUACUAGCCAACAUCAAUGACACUCACCUGCUUGUGGCCAAUCUCUACUGUGUGUUCCGACCCCAGCUAAUGCUCUUGACUAAAGACUCGUACCGACGCCAACACGAGUCCCUUAGCGCGGAGGACCUUGCCGCCGCCGAGGCGUUUCUUGUCGCUAUUCAUAAGCCAUUCUAUGUUAUGUUUAAUUGCAGCGCCAUGGCCGGAGCCAGUCGGGAGCAUAAGCACAUGCAUAUACUACCACGUGAUGAUGAAAAUGAGUCCAGUGGUAUUCCUGCGGUUGAGGCGCAACUGAAAAACUUACCAUUCCAAUUCUUUUGGAGUCGCGUGGACUUUGACGAAGGGAGCUUGCUGCAGAUCUAUGACAAACUGUUGGCAAAUGCGAGAAAGACUUUGAAUCUGGCCCCAAGCGCUAUAUGCCCACAUAACGCCAUAUUUACUCAAACUUGGUUGAUGAUCAUCCCACGUCGUUCAAAUGACUUCCAUGGCCUUACUAGUAAUGCACCUGGUAUGGUUGGCUCUGUGUGGCUUCAGAAUGAGGCUCAACUGGAAAAGUGGACACAGUUAGGUCCCACAAAAGUCUUAUCGCAUCUAGGUGUUGCGAAGGAGCCUUCGAUCUAG